AUGGACCCCAAAACAUUGAACAAGUUGAAACAAGCACGCAGCCGCCGGAAGGCGAGCAAAAGGCCCAAUACCAACCGCACCAGAACGAGAGACCACAAAUGGGGCCUCGUACUGAAGAAGGCAGAUGGCACAGGGGGAGGCAGCUCGCUCCCAGCAGGAGCAGCAGACGAACCGCCUAUCAUCCCGAGCUUCCCACUUGAAGGCCGACGGCUCGACGUUCACCAGCUCGCAGCGAGAACCCGUAGUCAGAAUUCGUGGCUGAAGGACUACGAGUAUGACCUCUCGCAGCUGAAAUCCGUCCAGCGUACCUGGCAAAUCCAGCUGACAAGUUUCCCGGAUAUCGGAUUCGCGUUCCGGAUCUAUCUUCUUUGGGACUACGAUCGGCUAUGGGGUGUCUUCAACUUGGGCCACACAGAGGGUGCAAUGCUCAUUGACCCGGGCUUCAGGCUCUCAUCGGCAGACGACGAUCCGCAGCAACUAUCGUUCACCUGGCGCGGAGUCCGCGUCAACGAUCCGGGAACUUCCAUCCACGACCCAUCAAUCGCAAAGGGCAAGAUCUGGAUGAAUCCAUGCCACCAGAAGCUCGUUGGAUAUUUUGACCAUAUCGCGGGGAAUGGGAUGGCCGGCGGAGACCGUUGCCACUUUCGCGGGAAGCCCGUUUUCGGGCCGCCGGUCGUGCCGUAUUCGCUAGACGACGUUUUAACUGAUUGGGACGAGUAUGGCCCACCUGGCGAGGUGGCGGACAUCCGUCAAGACCUGCCCAUGGAUGAAUUGGAAGCGGAGUUGCGUAGACGCGAUAGGAAGCAUCCCAGGUCUGCGGUGCCGAGCUUCCAGAGGGGGACGACGACGGUCACUUGCUUUUCUAGUAGCUCCUAG